GUAGACCUCUUCCUGUGACGUGCACUCAAAGUGUGCCCACUCCUCACAGAACAGGCACUGAAUCCAGGUUUCCCCAGGCAGAGAUGAGUCAAAGUCCUCCCCACACACCAUGCAUUCCACAUUGUUGCCUGAUCCAUGAGCUACAGGGCACGCUUAACUGAGGUGUCCAUGAGGAUGGCAGUUGUUCUCCGCCUACCCCGAGUCCCCCCAAUUCUUGGGCCGGCCUUGGGACAGAGUGGCAGAGGACAGAGUGACACAGGGCUGAAGCAGUCACCUGACGCCCCGGCACCUGACUGGACCGGAGCAGCUCCACCUGGCUCUCCUGGUGCCACUGGCCCCACCCCAGACUCCCCUGAUGCUGCUGGCCCCACCCCAGGCUCCCCUGAUGAUGCUGGCUCCACCCCGGGCUCCCCUGAUGAUGCUGGUUACACCCCGGGCUCCCCUGAUGAUGCUGGCUCCCUGGUGACAGUGGGGGCAGGACAGUCUGUCACAUAAGCUGGUGAGAAGUCCACCUCUGUGAAGACAUUGAGGUUCAGCGGCCAGAUGCCGGUG